AUGCAACUCCCCAAAACACAAAAGGCGGCCAUCAAACAAGGCACCGGCGACAACGCUACGAUUACCAUCAAGGAGAUUCCUGUCCCAGAACCAGCUCCUGACCAGAUUCUCGUCAAGAUAAACUACAGUGGCCUCUGUGCCUCGGACAAAUCCCUGCUCCAUGAUGAGUGGGACUUCAAGAUGGCCGAAUGUACCAAAGGCAUCGCAGGCCAUGAGGGCGCUGGCAUCGUUGUAGCCGUUGGCGCAAACGUGCAGGAUCUCUGGCAGCCUGGUAAUCGCGCUGGUAUCAAAUGGAUUGCGUCUGUAUGCCGACGAUGCGAGUUUUGUACUAAUGGCCAAGACGAAUGUCAUUGCCCGAAGCAGCUGAACAGUGGAUUUACUGUUGCGGGAACGUUCCAGGAGUAUUGCUUAACGGAUGCGAGAUAUGCGACGAGAUUGCCUGAUGGUGUCAAAGAUGAGGAGGCGGGCCCGAUCAUGUGUGGUGGUGUUACAGCGUAUGUGGCUUGCAAGAGAAGUAAAGUACUCCCCGGGCAGUGGAUUGUCAUUCCGGGAGCGGGUGGUGGUGAGUAUGCGCAUAGCGCUUUUGUGUCCUCUUCCGUCUUUCGCAGCGACGAAAUUGAAACCGUCAUAUAA